GAUCAUUGUGCGAUUCACCUCUUGUAGAUAUUACUUAUUUGCUAUAAUGCUAUACCACCUUCAUAAGCAAUAAAAAUAAAAAAACUGUUUCAAUUGAACAAUUCGACCGCAUUCGACCGAAAAAAGAUGUCGGACAGUGAAAAUUAUAAAAGUGACGACGGUAUUCAGAGCGAAUUUAAUCCGAACGUAACAUACCAAGACGUGUUGGAUAAUUAUAACUACGAGGGCGAAUCUGACGGCAAAUACGAAUAUUUUGCGGAAGGUGAAGAAGGAUUCGAAGCCUACGAGGACAGGAAUAAAAAAGUUCGUUAUCAAUGGUCGAGAUCCAUUUUGGAAGAAGACGCGUUGACCGACAACGUGUUAACUGCCGACGAAGCCGGAAAGUGCUUGUCACGCAUCGGCCAAGUAGGAUGCGGAUUGUUAUACGCUUAUAUUCAAAUCGAUGUCGAUCACAGGAACCUCACGGACAUCGAGGUGAUCACCAAAUUUCGAUGCUUGUCGCUCGUAAACGUGUCGCACAACGAUUUGGAUCUGACCGCUUUGGACGUGCUCAGGGACUUAGACUACGUGGUCGUCUUGCGCGCCGAUCGCAACCGCGUCGAUUCCCUUUGUCUGUCGUCCAUGGCGUAUCUACAGGUUUUGACCCUAAACUCGAACAGAGUCUCGUCACUCUCGGGCCUUAAACAACCGUCACUGGAGUGUUUGGAACUGAACGACAACGUGAUAUCGCAUCUGAUCCAAAACCCGGACGAAAACUUCGAUGGUGAAUACUGCAGCGAAAUUGAUUGUCCAAACCUAUCCACGUUGGCGUUGUCCAGAAACGCCUUGGAGACCAUCGAACAAUUCAUGUUUGUAUCUAUCAAAUUGCGUGUAUUGUACUUGAGUUACAACAAGAUUGACAAACUAAAAGGAUUAGAACAUUUAUCGAAUUUGUCUCAUUUACACUUGCGUGGCAACCAGAUAUCGAGCUUGGAUGGUUUCACUGAUAAUUUGAAACAUUUAUCUUACUUAAAUCUGAGAGAGAAUCUUUUGCACGAUACGGACGAACUAACCAAGUUAGUGUGUCUGAAGUCGCUGAAAACGUUGGUGGUGUCGCACAACAGUUUCAGGAAGAAUCCUCGGAGUAUCGCCAAGAAAGUGUUGAAGUUGUUGCCGUGGCUGGAGCGGAUCGACAAGGGAACGGUGAGCACUGUUCAGUCGGAUAAUGGCGUCAAAGGAUCUCAAGUAUACAGCGAUAGCGGUGAAUCGGGACAGGACGAAGAUGAAGGAUCGUACGAGGAAAAAUAAUACAAAGGGAACAAAAUACACUUUGAAGCGAACUUUUUUCUCCUCUCUUAUCGAUUAAAACACAGCGUAGAAUACGUAUACGGCUAAUACCACUACUACUACAAGACUCUUUAUUUCUAUCCCUUUCACUCUUUAUAUAAAUGUGCUUUUGUUUUUGCUAUUGCACACGUGGGAGUGUGUGAUGUAUGUGUAUGUGUGUGUGUGUGUGUGUGUGUGUGUGUGUGU